AUGGAGAAAGAACAACAAAAACUUGAGAUGAAAACAACGAAUGGUCACCAAAAUAAUACACGACUAAGCAAGCGACUUUUAUAUAUUCUACGCUAUGGGGCAGAAAUGGAAGGACUGCGAGUUAAUGAAGGGGGCUACGUGGAUUUGAAUGAAUUAAUGAAAGUUCCCAUGAUGCACUGGCACACUAUUGAUGAUGUCAUGGAGAUGAUCAACGCAUCUAUGUCUCACAGAGGAGUAAAGCGUUAUGAAGCUAAAACAGAGAGGGACCACAUAUUUAUUAGAGCCUGUUAUGGUCGAAAAUUGGAAAGAAAUCCCUGUCAUGAAGGCACUAAGAUACCCCGUCUGCUUGAAAGUUGCAUGAAUGAAAUCUGCAGUAACCUUGACAACUAUGACCUUUAUGACUUUCCUGAUGAAUAUUUGCUCAAUGGCAUGAUACACAAACUGAAACGACAAAAGAAAUUAAAUACGAAGAAACUGAAAUCUCUGCUGGUCCCUAGCAUAGAACAUUUGAAUCUGGAUGGUGUAUACCUCACUGAGGCUUGUUUGCGUAUGGUCCCUACAGGGUGUCCAAAUCUGAAGGUCCUCAGUCUGAAAUGUUGCGGUUAUGUGGCAACUGAUCAUUUAAUGGCACAAAUUCUCAAGAAACUACCUCAGUUGGAGACACUAAAUUUGAGUGAAUGUUUUCACCUAACGGACAAAACCUUAGUCUCUUUGAAAAGACACACAUCAUAUCUACAAAAACUUGACAUUUCUUGGGACCAAAACUUCACCGAAGCAGGGAUUCUAAAUUAUAUACAAUCUAAUGUAAACCUUAAACAUAUAGAUAUGUUUGAAAAUGUUAAUUUUACAGAAAAUGGGAGAGAGACUUUAAGGACAAUUGCUAAAGAACAAGAUCUUGUUAUUUUGUUGAAAGGAUUAUAAUCAAACCUAAUAUUGUCUUAAUUAUUUAUUUUAUACUGACCACAUA